CUCCAAGACCAUAAGUUUGAGAGAGGUUCAAAAUAAUUCAUUGAUCUUUCUAUAUAUACACAUAACAUUACUUAUUCUUUCUAUAUCAUCAACCAACAAAAAAGCAAUAUAUCCAAUAACUUCAAAUCAUUUCAUACAUCUUCAGAAGCUUCAAAAGGAUUCAAAAUUUUAGAUAAAGAAACAAGAAAUGGCUUUCGUGAGAAAUCUGUUGGGUGCAAAGAAGAUGAUUGGAGCCGCAACAAGCAAAAGAGUAACCUCAGCGGCACCAAAAGGGUUUCUUGCGGUGUACAUAGGAGAGAGCCAGAAGAAGAGAUAUGUGGUGCCAAUCUCAUACUUGAGCCAGCCUUCAUUUCAAGCUCUUCUCAGAAAAUCUGAAGAAGAGUUUGGGUUCGAUCAUCCAAUGGGCGGCUUAACAAUCCCUUGUCCUGAAGAUAUGUUCAUCACUGUGAUGUCUCGGCUUCAAUGAUGAUGAUCCAGCAUAUUGUUCUUUGACUUAGAAUAGUCUUUGUUCCUUGUAAAUAGAGGAUAGUUUUUGUUUCUUGAAAGAGUUGUACUAAAAUUUUGAAAGUGGAAUACCAUUUUUAUGAUAAUUGA